GCUGGGUUUCUAACGACCUUAGCCUUUUCCAACUGCAGCAGGGCCAGGGGGUCAUGGCAUCAGUAAGAAUUCUACAGAGAUGGAACCUUGAUUAUCAUAAAAUCUGCUCAAAAUGCAGUGCAAAUCAAACGCACAACACAAAGCAAGUUGUUUUAUCAAUGCCCAUUUCGAGAAGGCGUGCGAUAUUAGUCUCUUCAGUGCCUUUCUUUCUCGUGUCACUGCCCCAGUUCUCAGAGGCCAGAGAGAGACGCAACAAGAAGACCAUCCCCAUUGAAGACUAUCUCACCACCCCCGAGGGAUUGAAAUACUAUGAUGUUGUCGAAGGAAAGGGUUCUGUAGCAGCAAAAGGAUCAACUGUACAGGUGCACUUUGACUGCAUAUAUCGUGGUAUUACUGCUGUUUCAAGUCGGGAGUCUAAACUUCUAGCUGGGAAUCGUAUCAUUGCCCAGCCAUAUGAAUUCAAGGUUGGAGCUACUCCAGGGAAAGAAAGGAAACGAGAUUUUGUAGACAACCCAAAUGGGUUGUUUUCUGCACAAGCUGCACCAAAGCCCCCACCAGCUAUGUACUCAAUAACCGAAGGAAUGAAAGUGGGGGGAAAGCUAUUACUUUACAAGCUUUUGUUUGAUCUUCUCAUAUUAUGUUUUCUAGAGGACUGUCAUUGUUCCUCCAGAGGCGGGCUAUGGCCAGAAAGGAAUGAAUGAGAUCCCGGCAGGAGGCACAUUCGAGCUAAACAUUGAGCUUUUGCAAGUGAUGCCACCCGAGAAGUAAAGCCUUUCACUUCUACCUUCUCCCGGAAAUGGCAUGGCAGUGGAAAAGGCCUUUACUUUCCAGUUACGCCCAUUUCCCCACUCGUGGUCUCUCGCCCUUUUAACUGAGAUUGUUCGUCGUAAUUUACGGCCCAAUACUGAACAAGAUCUUGCUUUGGGUGGAUAUUUGUACAGACCUGUUUAUUUUGAUGUCCUGUCAGGAACGUCAAUUUUAAAUCCUGAGUGGAAUAUCAAUGAUAACACAAAUCAGUUUGUUUCUUUGUUCCUGAGAAACUCCGAUUAUGAGCUGACUUAAAUAAAACUGAUUAUUUUGGAGCCAA